AUGUUGGGGCUGGCUUGCGGACGCUUGUGGUUUUUCGUUGCGGAUCCAAGGGUGUUCAGAUCAAUGAAGCGUCUUCUUGGUCGGACCUAUGCAGAAGCACAUGAGAUUGGCUUAAGACCCAGUGAUCUUGGAGCCGACCCGGCUGGCUACGUUGGGCUCCCAGAGGAUCAGGCGCAGCAAUUGGUCCGGCUGCUGCUGCCGGGAGGGCAGACCAUUUCGGUGGAGGAGGUUGUUGCAGUCCUCAUCAAGGCUUUGGUGCAAAUUGCUGAGAGAUACCUAGGGCAGCCUGUGAAGCGAGCAGUUCUAGGCGUCCCAGCACGCUGGACCGCCAACCAGAAACGCGCCUUGGAGUAUGCAGCAGAGCUUGCCGGCUUGGAGUCAGUGCGAUUAGUUGCUGAACCAGAACUGGCGGUGCGUGCCUAUGGUAUCAGGACUAGCCCCAAUGCGGACUUCCUCUCAGGUGGCAACCUGGGGCCAAAACCAGCAAAUAUGAAGAGCAGGCUGGAGCUUAAAGAAGAUCGCUUGAGACUGGAGGAGAAUCCAUAUUCAGCUUCUGCUGAAGAGCUGAGUGCAUUCAAAGAAACCAUGAGAAAGAUCGAGGAUCCGACUGCCAAGCACAUCUUGGUUGCGGACUUGGGAGGAGGAACGUUUGAUGCGUGUAUCGUUCGCAAGUGGGUGGAGUGGGACCAACUUGACAUGCUUUUCACCAGUGGUGAUGAACGGCUCGGUGGAAAUGACUUCGACAAUGCCUUAGUAGCAUGGUGCCUCAAGAUGAUGAAACCUGAGAUGAUGCGAUUGAAGAAAUGGCCGCUGUCCAAACAAAGUCAAGAUGAACUCAGACAGGUUGCACGCAAGGCAAAGGAGAAAUUGAGCAGUUCAGACUCAUCCGAGAUCUCCUUUGGCCCUUUCAAGGCAACCAUUACUCAAGAUGACUUCCGGGUUAUAUGCUUGGACGUCCUGAAGCGGAUGUUGGAAACGAUUCGAGAAGCGGCCUAUGGUUCCAACCUACGCCUUCCGUUUGAAACCUUGGCGGAUGAAGCCAUGCUUGUUGCCGAGAAGAGCAAAAGGAAGACCAAAAGGCCAAUGACCGAAAGGGACCUCCGCACCAGAAGCAAACAACUGCGGUCCAAGCACCAAAAGGGCGACGUCGAGGAUGAUGCUGAGAUUAUGGUUGAUGAAAUUCUGCUCAUUGGUGCUGCGACCUGGAACCCAGCCGUGCGCGAGAUCCUGUCGUUGGUCACCGGUGUUCAGCCUACCAGCGCCCGCAUCGACCCAGAGACUGCCGUGGCUUUGGGAGCAGCGAUUUUGUCCUCCAUCAUGGACAAUCAGAUGACUGAUAUGCAGGUAAACUCACAUUGGCGAAGUUCUUGGACUGACUACUUGAUGAGAAAGCCAGAUCUUCUGAAGAGACUUCAGGAGGAGCAGCGGGCCAAACAGGCCAAGAUGGCAGAGGCUGCGGUGAAGGCAUUCGGCAACACUCAUUGUCACCGGCCUGCUGAGAAUACAGAAGGAUGCAGUGCCGCAUGCAGCGACCUGUGGCAAAACGUGGUGACCAUUUGUGGCCAACCAGAUGCAACUGUCAGUCCACUACCGUUGGAGAUUCGUGAUGGGGAGCCUGUCUACAGAGACAUUCGCUUCAACCAGACGCACUUGUGGUUCUACCAGAACACAAACAAUGUCACGGUCAUGAAUCAACCCGACCAGUACAGAAAGUUGAUCAUCAACCUGGAGCCGUGCCGGGGUGUUGUCUAUCUCUUUGUACGGAAGACUCGCAGAUGCUACCCAAACCCAUAUAGUUGUAUUGACGUGAGAGAAGGCUUUGAAAAAAGAGAGGCAUCUCAAUGCACAUGGACCCACUUUAUGUCUGAGAUCGAUGGCAGUCGCGAUGGGUCUCCAACGUUCUUUGAAGUGCCUCUCUCUUCUACGAAGUACUUCAUCUCGGUCUACGCUCCAGAGAACUCCGCUUACACCCUCACGGUCCUGGCAGAUAUCGGUGCCUUCCCCCGACCUGGGGCAAAUGGCCGCCUCACGGCAAGGCAGCUGUCAGAGUUGCAAGUUCAGAUCUCCUGGGAUGCCUCUGGCUUUGUUCCACCAGGCAUUUCCGAUGCCAAGCAGUACUGGGUCUACUCCUCCAUGCUAUUGGAGUCGGACAACCGUACGAACAUGGCAGUCUUCCUGCGGCCGGACAAGAUCAUGAACACAGUUUGUGGCUUGCAAAAUAACACAGACCGUCAGUACUCAAUAAUCCCUGCGGAUCAGUGUAGCAAUGGAAAGUGCAAUGCCACCAUCGACGGUGUCAUCACGGACAAAAGGUAUGUGUUCAACAUUGUGGCUGAAUCUUACAGAGGACACCGGAUGGCAUAUGCUGGUCUCAUCAUGCGCACGGAUUGGGAAGUGAUUCGUCAAGCUGCCAACGAUCGUACUCUCAGGGUUGUUGGAGCUGUCUCUGGCAGUGUCAGGAACUUGUUCCGAUGUUCCGUGUUGAAGAGUGGUCCAUUGAGAGCACGAGAGGCUGGCGCCGCUGGCACCCCCGACCUCCAGGCAGAGAUUGCACAGACCAUCGAGACUCAGGUGGCACGCCUCAUUGAGCAAGCGCGUGUUGACACUGAGUCAAAGGUCAAGAUGGAGUUGAAGCAAAUCCGUUCCACAAUGGUGGCAAUGGAUGAGCGGCUGGAUCAGAUGUUGGCUCAUCUGGAUGGCCUCCAACCACAGGAAAACGCAGACACGUUGACGGCAGAGGCCGUGGCUGGACUCCUCUCCAAGACCGAGCAACAGUGGGGCCAGGAGAUCAGGACUCUGAAGCAGGAGUUGCAUCAGACCAUCCUGGCGCACAACCACAACGCUGAUUUGAUUAAGCAUCAUAAGGACACAAUAGACGCUCUGCGAGAGCGCUGCGGAAAGAUGACCACCAGCUCGUCGAAAUCUGCCGAGAUCCAGCAGCAGCUCAGACAGCUGGAUGCGAGGCUGAAGCAACAGCAGAAGCAAAGGAAAUUGGAGCCUUUGUUCGAGAGGUUGAACGCCUUGGAGAUGCGCGUGACUGCUGGCAGCUCUGCUCAGGCAUGGGGCGCCGCUGCUAGCUAUCCACGUCCAGCGGCCCCAACCUUACCACGUGGCAUUGGUGCUCCUCCGGGCAUCGAGGUGCAGGCAGUCGCACCCGGAUUGAAGUCAGGGCCGAAGGCAGCAGCUGGAGCUGUUUCGCCCGUGGCCGAGGAGUCGGAGGAGGCCUAG